AGUUGACAGUCGGGUGGUGAAUUUCUGAAUGAAAAUGUAGAAGUUGCGGCUUUUGUUCUUAGCCAGCCCACUUGCUCAGGCUGCAUGGGAGUCAAUUGUGUGAGUAGGAAGUGGGAGGCUGCAUUGUGUACACUGGACAUUUGUUGCUCUGCAUCUUGAAUGCGACAAUGGAGCAAAACUCAUGCACGGAAGAUCGUCUGCAGCAUGUCCUUGAACGUUGCCUCUGUGACCUUGAAUUCAACACCUUUGACAAGCAACUCUGGAACGCUGGGCUCUGCAUGAAUCGCUGGUGUUUGGAGGAACUGGCAAUGAGAGAUCCCCUCAACUUCCCCUUUCUUCUGCAGACAAUUGUCAAGAAAACAAAGGAGGUACUUGUACAAUGUAAGUACGAACUGGUGGUGCCUCUUACGCUCCUAUUUUCAUCAACGCUUUUAAAAACUCCUUACCUGCACCCAGAUUGUGAUGUAUUGUGGGAAGCUUACCUGCUCUUUCAUAAUUUCCUAUCCUGGCCAGACCCUUACUGCACGGCCUGUCAACAUUUGCUGAAUGUCAUAUAUAACGAGCUCAGAGCACCCGGCAUAUCAUUUCAAAGAUUGGUGAAAACAGAGCAUGGCAUUUCCACCCAGAACCGACACUCAAAAACGAUGAUCGUGCUUUUAGUGAGUCCAGAUGAGGAUAUCCCCCCUGAGGUCCAAUCGGUCUCCAAGCAACUGAGUGUAAGCCGUCAGUCCAAACGAGACAUCACCAUCACCCUCAUUCUGCACAGCUUCCAGGCUGCUCUCGGUACCAAAGUCCACCUGCAGGGACUCCGUGAUGCUUUGCAGAAAAAACACACUGUUGAGCUGGAGCAGCUACUGGACACACUAAGUUGCUGCAUGGACACAGCAGCCUCCACAGCAGACCUCAGCACUGCCAGGGAAAAUCUCGUAGAGACUCUCGAUGGGCUCAGACAAAACCUUAUCCCCGGAGAUGGAGAUGAUUACUUGGAUGCUGGGUUUGCUGAGACGUUCACGCUGCCUUUUCCUAAAUGUUACACCAGCUUCUGGGAAAACGACAACUUUGAUUUUCUCAAUAAUAUUCUCAUGAGAGAAUGCUGCCAGGAUUCUCCUCUGGUGUGUCUUGAUGAUGAUUGUAAUGAUGUUGAUAUGAAAGAAGAAGACAUCCUGAAAGCUCAUCAUAGCUCGGAGAACCAACCAUCGUCCUCUUUGAGUGACUCCUUCGCCUCUAACUGCUCUGUGUCCACAAAAUCAGCGUUUGUGGAAAGUGACUUCAGCGAUGUCAUACGACAUGAGGACACAACUGAGGGACAAAAAAGUCCUUCAAAAUGUAUGGAGAAGCCCAAGAAGAAAUCCAAAAGCCUCUUAGGGAUGGAGCACUUCUCCUUGUUUUUCAAGAAACCACGCAAUCUCGGGACGCACCUCAAACAAUCUCGAUCGAACCAAGAUCAACUUCUCCAUGCAUUUUCGGUGUCCUGCCCUCUAAGCGGUGAAGCUCUUCUCUCCCCGCAAAAACAUCUCUGUCUCCGUAGGAGGCCAAUCCUGAGUAGCAACGAAACCGACACGGCACAGGCGGUCACUCUAGUGCGAGUACUCGUAUUCGGUCGGGACAGAGAAGCCGGACGACUGGCGAGGGCUUACAGCGACCUCCAGCAGAAAGAAGCCAAAUGUCCCCGACUCACCACAAUGUGCAAAUUGCAAUUUUACUUUGUUCCCUCAAAAAGGACAUUUACGAGAAAACACAAAGAAAGACAACCAUCAAGUAAAGUUCCAUCUGUGCAGACUAAUGGUAUCUCCCAAGAUGGCAGCACCACAGAUUUAGCCCAGUUGUUGGGAAUGAUGGAUCCCUGGUAUGAUCGAAGCGUCCACAGUCUGCUCAGUCUUUCCUCGGAAGUCCUUUGUCAGCCUGCUUGGAAGGAAGAAGGUGUCCUGGAGAACAAUGGCGGAGAGGAGCAUAUUCCCUUGAUGGCUGAUUUGGUUCUUUACUACUGUAGACAUGCGGACCAACCUGUCCUGGUGCAGCUCUACCAGGCUGAGAUGACCCUGGCCGGCGGAGAGAAGAGAAGUGAAGUGUUUAUUCAUUCUGUUGAGCUUGGACAUACGGCUGCAACCAGAGCAGUGAAGACCAUGGGUGCUGCCAGUAAGAGGUUUGGAAUUGAUGAAGAGAGCGAGGCUGUCCCUUUAACACUCAGUGUUGCCUAUAAUAAGGUGGCCUGCAGUGGAAGAGGUCAAUGGAUCCAAGCAGAAAUGCUUUGCACAUCUAUAAAUAUUCAAAAAGCCUCCAGCAAAGCUGAACAUUUCGAGUCUAGAAGUGAAAGCUUGUUGCUCUCCGUGACGGAAGUCACAAAGAAAAACUGUCCCAAGUCUAAAAAGAACAACAGCCAGCAUUCCUCUAAAUCAGAGGUGAACGUCAACAGAAUUGAGGUCACGUCCAAGAAAGAUGGGACAACCUUUGCUAUGUGUCUAGAUCAAGACGAGAGGAAGUUCUUGCAAAGUGUCAGCAGGCUUGAAGUGUCUUUGUGCUGUAAACCGGGAAGCAGUUCAGACUGGAAGUACAAACCCUCACCAGGCCAAGUCCAACCUCUGCAUCCAUCUUACUGCUCCAUGCUUUGCCUUCCCUUCAUCUCUUUCUCUGCCUCGCAUGCCUGAAAACACCUCGGAUUGUCCAUGAAAUUGAUUAAUAAAAUUAUUUUUCAAUUAAA